AUGUCUCCCAAAACUUUCCAUCUCUUCCCACAGCUCCCGUGUGAGCUCCGGCUCCAAAUCUGGGAGUCAGCAAUCAAAAAACCGACGACACAUAUUUACGAUUCUUCAGCAUGGGACUGGGACAGUUUUGGCGUAGAAAGUCUGAUGCCACAGGCUCAGAAGAAGCAAUCCUACGGCAUAAACUACGUAAGCCUUGAUGAAAGGGGCGAUUAUGUUCCUCUAGAUUGCAGUUGGAAUAAACUUCUCCCGGCCAACCGCUCUGCCUACCUCUGGUACGCAGGCCUAUGGAUGGCCUGCAAAGAGUCUCGUGAGGUCAUGCGAAAUCACUGGUUCAGCGACCCGAUCUACAAAGAGAAUCCCGAGUAUGUGGACAAGAAAGUGAACGGCGGUCUGAGGAAAUGGUUUUAUGGCAAUGAAGAGGAAGUAGAUGUGAUUUGGAAUGAGUGGGAUCGAAAAACAGAAGCGUAUGAGCCAUGGCUCAUGGCUACGUCCCUCGGGGACAUGUUCUGCAUUACUCCGGACAAUCACAGGCCCCUAGCCCGGUUCAGGCUCUCCUUGGAACGCGCUAAUAUUGGUAUUCUUGAGUAUGCUGUCGAGUUUGACCCGGCUUGGACCUCUGAACUGGCUGGUCUCGAAAAGUAUCAACCGACGGACCGUUUAUCACCUACUUUAGCCUUCGCCAUCAAAGUCAUUUGCCAAAUAGCAACUGAGGAAAUGAUUCUACCGCCGUUUCUCCAUCUUAUCGACAGAUUCUCUGGCUGGAAGAGAAUUGGCAACGCCGAAGAACCCUCGGUGUAUUACGAUUGCGAACAUGAGUAUAUCCGAAUCGACCCGAGCAAUUCUCUGGACCCAAAUCGUCUUGUCCGACACACUCCCAUGCUCAGGUUCUUGGACCAGGUCGAUCGGCUUCUGAAAACUACAUUGACCUGGAAACGAAAGACAUCCCCUUGGGCUUGGGGUGAUUACGGGCUUCCGCCGGAUGGGUUGUCUGUGCGGAAAUUGGUUCGGGUCAUGGCCAGGUGUGACAACGAGGUGGUGCCCAAGAUUACAAGAGGCAAUGCUAUGCGGCCCCAGACGAAGAAGGCUGCCUCGGUAACUUCGUCACAUGGGAAAACCGUAAAGGGAAAGCCAGCUGUGCGAUGGAGAUGGUAG